AUGCGCGUCUUGUCUUUUGCCCUGGCCCUUUUCGCGGCUGAUAUAGUUGUUGAAGCUGGAGUUUGCAAGCCCGCUCGAACAACUACGGCCGCAACUUCAAUUGUCGAAUCAUCUACUGCCACCGCUUCCGCUACCUCUGAGGUCUCCCUCACUGAGUCUUUGACCUCUGCGACUGAGACCUUGAGCACCGACUCAAGCGAAAUCCUGACGGUUUCUACCACGCUGGCUGAAACUACCACCACCGAGAUUGCUUCCACGACCACUGAGGCUGCUUCGACCACCACCGAGGAAGCUUCCACUACAACCACCGCAGGCCCAUCUUUCACACCCGGCUCCAUCGUCGGCACUGGACCUGUCGCUGACCUCACCCUCCGUGGCAACGGCCAGCGAUUCGCCCCUCUAUCUUUCGCACCAUCUGACUCAACCCAAACCUUGAUCUUCAGCCUCGUGAACGGCAAGCUCUCGUUAGGUAACAACGAUUACCUAUGCUUGACCUACACGUCUCCAGGUGUUCUUGGACGACUUGUUCCGUGCCCCUUCGACAACUUCAGCUUCGCUCCUUUGACCUGCACGCGAGCAGCUAGCGGCACGCUUUCCUGCACCGCGCCGAACGGAUCCUGCCAGGCAGGAGUUUGCAUGAGACCUAAUAAUGGAAUCCCAUUCUCUCAAUUCUAUGUGGAUGAUUCUCAGAACGGCUAUUUUGGUGACGCCAAUGGGAACUUUGGGGCUGAUUACACUGCCAUUGACGUGAUCCUCGCCGAAUAA